GCGAUAGUUAACAAGCUCUGGUCAAACUGGGGCCCGAAAGCUGCCUUGGUGUACGAGGCUUGCGCUAGUAAGCGCUAUAAUCUAUUAUUUGAUGCAGCUACUUUGUUCCAGUUCGAAACGAUAAAAUGAGCUCUAUCAGAUCGAUUCCUAACAAGUCAUUGGUGAAAAUAGUAGAUGGCGUUGCCCACAAUAUCAUAGAUGGCGGAGAGCCUUCAUCAUCGCUUUGCUCACAUAUAUUCCAUCCAGCUUUAUACAUUAGUAGUGCAUUACAUGCAUGGAAAGCUAAUGAGCUCGGAUAUGACAAGAUUUGUGUCAUCCUGGGGUUACAUGACUCGUCGGUUCUGUAUCCUCUACAAAAGUUACAGAUGUGCGUCCGACUCUCAUCUCUUGAAACUCAAUGGUUACUUUCCAAGGAAGACUCCCAGCAGAGUCCGCGUUGGCAUGGUAUUCGCAGCAACACCGAGCCCGCGGCAACUCCCGCAGAUGGGAACACCUCAGAAACCAGCAUCAGGACGGAGGCGGAAACCGUCGAUCUAGACGUUGAAGCCACGACUACCCAGUCGGACAUGGAAGCAGAAAUUGUUACUGCUUCGUUUCAACUUCAAUUGUUUAGCGCAGGACCAUCUUCGCACCAGCCUAGUCUCGAUCAAUCAAAUAAUAUAAGCUAUCUUAAUGAUCAGUUAAGUCACAUAAUUCCACGAGACAACCUGCAAGCUCCGCAACCUGCCCCCAUAGCUGGGAAUUCACAAGGUUGGCACCAGAGAUGAUGUGCGCUUCCACCUCAUACAACACAUCUGCUUCAGCCGCUUGAUGUUAAAGUUUUCCAACAGUGCAAGCACUUCCAUCAAAAGGCUCUUGAUAAAGCAGUCCGGAGUUUUGAUUAUGAGUAUAAACUUCGAACAUUCCUGUCUGAUCUAUCACAUAUUUGCAACCAGUCAUUGACUGUAAAGACUAUACAGUCAGGGUGGAGGGAAGCUGGACUUUGGCCAUACAAUCCAGCAUUAGUUAUUGAUAAACUAAAGGAUGCUAGGAACGAAACUCCAGAGUAUGAAGAUCCUAUUGCAUACAAUACUACAAUGACACCUAAAACGAGUAGGCAGACAGUACAAGGGGUUGAGCAUUGGCAAAGGAAAGCUGAACAGGUUUUUAGCUCUCCAUCUCGGCAUGGAUUUGAAGCUUUUGCACGUGGGGCUACAAUGGUUUUACACCGAGCAGAAUUGUAUAAGACAGAGCUUGAUAUUGUUGCUCUCCGCACAUUUCAACAAAGGGAGGCAAAGGCUCGGGCACGGAAAAGCUUACAGAGUGGUGGUCAACUAUAUGCUCAUGAAGCACGUGCAAAAAGAGAAGAGAAGGAAGCAAAGGCAAGGGCAAAGGCGGAUGCGAAAAAGUUACGAGAGUCAGCUCAGGUAGCAAAACAGCUACUAAAUAUGGCUAAGCGGUCUGCAAUUGAAGACCGCAAAGCAGAGCGUAAGCGUGUUGCAGACCGUAAAGCAAAUGGUUUGAAGUCGCUUGUAGUGGUCUUACAGUAUAAGGCAUACAAGAGUGGCGACGACGAAGAUGAAAAUGAGUCGGUACAAAGUUUAGAUAGUGAAAAUAGC